GCCAUGCAGCCCCCGGCGGCCUCCCCCGGCCCCGCCGCCCCGGCGGGAGCUGAGCUGCUGCGCUGGCAGUGGCAGGAGGUGCAGGCGCCCUGCCUGGUGGCCGCCUGGAUCCUGGUGGCCAGCCUGGCCAAGAUCGUUUUCCACCUGUCAAGGAAGGUGACAUCCGUUGUCCCGGAGAGCUGCCUCCUCAUCCUGCUGGGGCUGGUCCUGGGGGGCAUCGUGCUGGCCGUGGCGAAGAAAGCCGAGUACCAGCUGGAGCCCAACAUGUUCUUCCUCUUCCUCCUGCCCCCCAUCGUCCUGGACUCGGGCUACUUCAUGCCCAGUCGGCUGUUCUUCGACAACAUCGGUGCCAUCCUCACCUACGCGGUGGUGGGCACGCUCUGGAACUCCUUUGCCACCGGCACAGCGCUCUGGGGGCUGCAGCGGGCCGGGCUCAUGGAUCCAGGUGUCGAAGCCGGGCUGAUGGAUUUCCUGCUCUUCGGCAGCCUCAUCUCAGCUGUGGACCCCGUGGCAGUGCUGGCUGUCUUUGAGGAGGUCCACGUGAAUGAGACCCUCUUCAUCAUCGUGUUUGGCGAGUCUCUCCUGAACGAUGCUGUCACCGUGGUGCUGUACAAGGUCUUCAACUCUUUUGUGGAGCUGGGCCCAGCACACAUCCACGCCACAGACUACGUGAAGGGGGUAGCCUCCUUCUUCCUGGUGAGCCUGGGGGGCACGGCCGUGGGGCUGCUCUUCGCCUUCCUGCUGGCCCUGAUCACGCGCUUCACCAAGCGCGUGCGCAUCAUCGAGCCGCUCUUCGUCUUCCUGCUGGCCUACGUCGCGUACCUCGCCGCCGAGAUGGUCUCGCUCUCCUCCAUCCUGGCAGUCACCUUCUGUGGGAUCUGCUGCAAGAAGUACGUGGAGGCCAACAUCUCCCAGAAAUCCCGCACCACCGUCAAAUACACCAUGAAGACGCUGGCCAGCAGUUCGGAGACCAUCAUCUUCAUGUUUCUGGGCAUCUCGGCUGUGGACACCUCGAAGUGGGCGUGGGACACAGCACUGGUGCUGGGCACCCUGUUCUUUAUCCUGCUCUUCAGAGCCGUGGGUGUUGUCCUCCAGACCUGCGUGCUCAACCGCUUCCGCCUCAUCCCCCUGGACAGGAUCGACCAGGUGGUCAUGUCGUAUGGCGGCCUCCGCGGGGCCGUGGCCUUCGCCCUGGUCAUCCUGCUGGACAGGGAGAAGGUGAAAGCCAAGGACUACUUCGUGGCAACCACCAUCGUGGUGGUGUUCUUCACUGUCAUCGUGCAGGGCCUCACCAUCAAGCCCCUGGUGACGUGGCUGAAGGUGAAGCGCAGUGACCACCACAAGCCCACACUGAAUGAGGAGCUGCACGAGCACGCCUUUGACCACAUCCUGGCAGCAGUGGAGGACAUCGUGGGGCACCACGGCUACCACUACUGGCGGGACAAGUGGGAACAGUUCGACAAGAAGUACCUGAGCCAGCUCCUGAUGCGGAAAUCUGCCUACAGGCUGCGGGACGAGAUCUGGGAUGUUUACUACAAGCUGAACAUCCGUGAUGCCAUCAGCUUCGUCGAUCAGGGUGGCCACGUGCUCUCGGCGGCCAAGCUGGCGCUGCCCUCCAUGCCCAGCCGCACGUCCAUGUCGGAGUCGUCGGUCACCAACCUCCUGAGGGAGAGCGGGAGCGGCGCGUGCCUGGACCUGCAGGUGAUCGACACGGUGCGGAGCCGCCGCGACAAGGAGGACGCUGCCAUGCACCACGUGCUGCGGGGGAGCCUCUACAAGCCCCGGCGGAGGUACAAGGCCAGCUACAGCCGUCACUUCAUCUCUCCAGAUAAACAAGAGCGCCAAGACAAAGAGAUCUUCCGGCAGAACAUGAAGAGGCGUCUGGAGACCUUCAAGUCCACGAAGCACAACGUCUGCUCCUCCAAGAGCAAGGCCAGGCUGAAGGAAAAGGGCAGGAAAAAGAAGAACAUCUCUCUGACCAAAGAGACGCCCAACGGGAAGACGCAGAGAAACAUCCCCUGGCAGGAGGCAGCUCCUGUCCUGGUGAUGGUCAGCUCAGAGGAGGAGGAGAGCGACAGCUCGGAGACAGAGAAAGAGGAUGAUGAAGGGAUUGUGUUUGUCGCUCGAGCCACCGACGAGGUCUUGCAGGGAAAGACAACUCAUGGCAGCCUGGACGUCUGCCCCAGCCCCUGCAUCAUCCCACCAUCGCCCACCUUGGCAGAGAAGGAGCUGCCAUGGAAAGGAGACCAGGCUGAUCUGGCUGUUUACAUCUCCUCGGAGACCACCAAAAUCGUGCCAGUGGAUAUGCAGAAGGCUUGGAACCAAAGCAUCUCCUCCCUGGAGAGCAUCGCUUCCCCGCCAGGCACCGAGAGUGGAGCUCAGCACAGGAGAUUCGCCUGCCCUGUGCUGGAGGAGCAACCCCAGUCUGCGAGCCAGGUGACCCCAGAGCAGAGCUCCUGCUUCCAGUUCCCCAGCCACGUCUCCAGGAGCGGCAGGUCGCAGAGUGACAGCAGCCCAGACGGCCCUGAGCAGCAGGAGCUGCAGCCUUUGAUGGCCACGGAGGAGCAGGGCAGGAUGCCACCCGCCGUGGAGCCCAGGUGGCUGAUGUUUAACAGAGCGAGCCACCUCUGAGGCACCCUGUGGAUGGGGAAGGGGCUGGGGGCUGCAGACAGGCUCUGACCUGCUGACUGCUCUGCUGUCUUGCCUUGUAAAGCUUGUGUGUGUCUCCAUAAACUCCAGGAGUGGCAGGAGAAGCCGGUACUCCUGGAGCUGCACUCCAGGGCAGGCUCUGCUCGUGCACCUGGUUGAUAACUUGGCUUUGUGCUGUGACAGCAGGUACCAGCCCUGUCCACCCAGGGAGGCACAGAGCCCAAACCUUAUUCUUCCUCUCUAGUCCCUGCACAUCUCAGCAGCUGGGAGGAUAGAGAUGUUCCUCCCAGGGCUGGGAUCCCAACCAGACCCGGUCCUGUCACGGCUGUGCUGCCCUGAGGUGUGGGGGUGCUGGAAAACGGGCUGUGGCUGCUCACAGGGGCAGGAGUAUGAGCUGAUCUUCAGCCUGGCUGUGAGUAGGACACCUCAGGGGAAAGGACUGGGAGUGGUGACCGGUGCAUGAGAGCCCAUCCACACCCAGUGACGGAGCCUUCGGCUUCGAGGCGGCCGCAGUGCUGGUUCCUCACAGCGUGCGUGGAGCUCAGCCAGGAGCCCAGAGGUGGGCUCCUUGCCACGGCAGCUCUGCGUUCCCCCCGUGGUGGAGGCACCACAGAGGCAAGGCCACCACCUUCUCAGGACUGGGAGCAGCGCUCCUGGGGUUUGGCUCCACCAGGAGCUGGACUAGUGAACCCGUACGCACAGGGACUCCUCUGGCAGCCAGCCUGCUGUGCCAGCCUCACGCCUCCUGCCUGGAUGUGUUCCCAGCACCUGUGGGGUUCGGCUUGCUGGCUUUGCUAGGAGGCAGCUGCCCUGCACAGCACCCUUGGCAUUCAUCCUGCCCACGUCCCGGGCCCUCCAGUUGCCCGGGGCCCAUCGUCUGGGAGGGCUGGCCGUGGUGCGAGGAGCGGAGGCAGCAGCAGGUAUGAAUGUAUGUAAGGAACGGGGGUGAUGGGUGUGAGCUGAGUGCAUCUUCGAAAGUCUGUCCCCACCUCCUGCCUCCCAGCCACCCCUGCUCCCUCCUGAGGGGGUGGUGGGACCUGGUGGCAAUGACCCACACAGUGCAUUAUUCCUGGUGUGACCCCAAGGGCAAAGAACUGCCCCCAAAAACUGCUCAGCACACAAAGGAGCACAAUGGCUGGGCACUGGCAGUGCAGGAGGGUUGGAGAUGUUCAUCUUAGGGACAGUUAAUGCCCCAGUGUGGGUAAAAACUGCCUGUUCCAGCUCUGUGGGUGUGCUGAGACAGUGGGUGCCAAGGGGACACUUGGAUGCACUGGGUGGGUGAGCCCAGCGUGGGGCAAGUGAGCUGGUGGGACCCCUGGCACUGCUGACAGGGCUCAACAGAGACCCUUUGGCAGUCCCACCAGACGAGAAUGAGGUUUUUAAAAGGUUUUUAUAUAGUUUUGCAUUUCAGGUAUGACUUAUUCUGGUUUUGAUUUCUGAUAUUGGGCCAUACUAAAUCUCUAGCUGGGUCAGUGUUUUCUGUAGCCACGGGCACCACAAAUGACUCAAGACUUAAUAUCUUAUUUGCAAGAAUAUUGUUAUAAUGUGAAAAUAUAUGCAGAGUAUUUUGUAAUGUUCAAUAAACGAGUUGGAGCAGA